AUGGCAACGGAAGGUCCGGCAGCGGCGGGUGCAGUGGCGCAAAUCGUGGGUCGACUGGGACACAUCGAGCCCUUUGACGAGUCCACAAGCGACUGGCCGUCGUACGAGGAACGCUUGUCGUCGUUUCUUCAGGUCAACCGUAUCCCCGAGGACGACAAGUUUCGUCAAAUGUUUCCCUCCAUCAAGGUCGUGCCAACGACGCUGAAGCUGCGGACGUUCGACGGAGCCAUCAUCCAGCCUGUGGGAGUGGCUCACGUUGCCGUGCAGUACGGAGAGCAGAGGGCCCAGCUGCCUUUUUAUGUCACGAGAGAAAAGGGACCCCCUCUGCUAGGUCGACAAUGGUUGCAAGCCAUCCGACUCGACUGGAGCCGUAUUUUCAAGCUCAACGCUAUUCCCAGACGUUUGCAGAUCGGCGUGCAUCAAGGGUGCCUCAUGUAUGGCCUGAGGGUUGUUAUUCCGCCCCCUCUUAGGGAAGCCGUGCUCGACGAACUGCACCUCGGUCAUCCCGGCAUUGUGCGGAGCAAGGAGCUGGCUCGCAGCUAUGUGUGGUGGCCGUCAAUUGAUGCAUACUUAGAGACAAAGGUACGAAGUUGCCAAGCCUGCCAGGAACAACGAAAUGAUCCAGUUAAGGCACCUCUGCAUCCCUGGUCAUGGCCGACCGCACCGUGGAGGCGAAUUCACUUGGACUUCGCAGGACCUUUCCGAGGAACUAUGUUGUUAGUCGUUGUAGAUGCUCACUCGAAGUGGCCGGAAGUGUUCGUUAUGCGAAGCACAACGUCCGAGCGUACUGUUGCCUGCUUGCGUGAACUUUUCUGCCGAUUCGGAGUGCCGGAGACGGUGGUGUCCGACAAUGGACCACAACUGGUGUCCGAAGAGUUCAAGGCGUUUAUGCGGAGCGUCGGGGCCAGACACGUCGUGAGCGCUCCCUAUCACCCAAGCACAAACGGUCUGGCGGAGCGUUUCGUGCAGACGUUGAAGUCUGCUCUACGCAAGUCAUCUCCCGGUGAGUCUAUCGACGAAACACUUCAGAACUUCUUAUUGGCGUACAGAAAUACGCCUCACCCUACGACUGGAGAAGCUCCAGCUAACCUAUUGAAGGGUAGACGAUUGCGCACCAGGCUGGAUGCAAUGAAGCCUACAGUGGAGGGGAAGGUGAUGCACAGUCAGUUCACCCAAAUGCAGCAGCGCAGGAGCAACAGGGACUUUUUUUGUGUUAAUGACAGUGUUCUAGUUCGCAAUUACAGAGGCCCAACGAAGUGGGUUCGUGGAACCGUUCUGAAGAAGACUGGACCAGUCUCGUACAAAGUCAUGGUAACCACCCCCCGAGGCAAGUUCAUCUGGCGUCGACAUCUCGACCAGCUGCUGGCUGGCGCCGGCCCUAUGGUGACACCAAGGGCAUCCGACUCCGAUUUCUCGGAGGGGUUCCUGGUCUUCCCUGAAGGUCAGACUGGUGACCAGCCAACGCCAGAAGAGCCGACACCCGGGGAGUCCAUCCCUCCAGCUCCCGCUCCUCCAUCAGAGACAUCGGCUCCGCACAGGCGCUACCCGUCAAGACAACGCCGUCCACCCGAGAGAUACUAA